CCACACGAUCCAGUCCCAGAAAAUAUCCAAAGCAAAUCAAACAAGCACCCGCCUUGCAUCGUCGCCACCACCACCAUUCCACUAAUGGAGCUCUCAUCCCUCCUGCCCUCCCUAUCCCCGCGCCGCGCCCUCCCGCUCUCCUUCUCCACCGCGUCCAAGACGCCCCGGCGGCAGCGGCCGGCCGCCUUCGCCUGCCGCGCGGACGCCUCCCCGGAAGGGUCAUCGACCACCCGGCGAUGGUUCGCCUCGCUGGCCGCCGCCACCGCAGCCGUGGGGAUUGGCGUCGCCCGAGGAGGGGAGGCUGGCGCCGUGUCGACCAGCAGGAGAGUUUUUAGGAGCAACAAGAUUCCGGAGAGCGACUUCAUCACUCUGCCCAAUGGCAUCAAGUACUAUGACAUCAAAGUAGGAGGUGGGGCUAAAGCAGUUAAGGGAUCGCGCGUCGCAGUGCAUUACGUGGCCAAGUGGAAGGGCAUAACAUUCAUGACAAGUAGGCAGGGCCUCGGUGUCACUGGUGGAACGCCGUAUGGGUUUGAUGUUGGCAAUUCUGAAAGAGGCAAUGUUCUAAAAGGAUUGGAUCUCGGGGUUGAGGGAAUGAAAGUUGGAGGCCAGAGGUUGGUUAUUGUUCCUCCUGAGCUAGCUUAUGGAAAAAAGGGCGUUCAAGAAAUUCCUCCUAAUGCAACUAUUGAGGGAUGUAGGGCUGGUGGCGCGGGUCGGCUCCGACGGGAGGCCUCAUGCGCGGGGAUUUUUUUUCCCAUGGGGGUUUAUUGAGGGGGAUAGAACUGAUAGGUGCCCCCCCAUCCCCGGUCAUAACACGUCCAAUGUAACGGUCAAAAAAAUGGUGUUGACUUUUGUGCCACAUUAGUGCUUAUAUGCGGGCUAUCCCUGUUAUAAUCAUGUCAGCUUAAAAAAAACACAAGCAUCCAUGUUUUUGGCUAAAUUUUGCUCCAAUACCAGUAGGUUUUACUGAAGAAAAAAAGUGGU